AUGUUGUCGGCUAAACUCGGCAAACCUCGGGGCAUGCCCAGCCCGCCACCUCCAUCCUGCGAGCGCACAGUGGUCCCACGCAAGCGACAACUGAUGCUGACCGCUUUCAAACUUGGCACUGAGCGACAUAUUCUUAAAACCACAUUUAUUUCGGACCUGAACCUUCCAGCAAAUGACCACCUAACUAUUUUCACGAAAGGAUGGGGACGGAUUCGCUUUUACUGGUUACAGCUGUUUCGUCCGAAGGCCCAAUUUCUGCCAGAACCGAGGGCAGGACAGGGUCUGCUUCUCUUCACCCAGCCGGCCUAUAAUGCUACCAUCUUUGAAAACUCUGCUGCCAGAACAUAUGCCAGGAGCCUAAUCAAAAUGGGCAUCGUUCUUGGGCCGCCUCGGUCUUUAGACAUAAAAUACUCCAUUGAGUAUGGAGACAACGAGGGAAUCUUCCAGGCUGAGGCGUAUGUCAUGGGAGAUUUUUGUUUCCUCCGUAUACGAACUAACGGGGGCAGCGGGGCCAUUUUGAAUCGGGAGGUACAGGACAAUUAUACGCUAACUGUCAAGGCAUCCGCCCAGGGAGGCCUAGAGGCGUUAGUGACUGUCUAUAUCAAGGUCUUGGAUACCAAUGAUCUCAGACCUCUCUUUUCCCCAACCUCUUAUUCGUUUGUUGUCCCUGAAAGUGCCCCUCUGGGUGCCAGCAUUGGACGUGUAACAGCCACAGAUGCUGACUUGGGUUCCAAUGGAGAGUUUUACUACUUCUUCAAGAACAGAGUUGAACUCUUUGCUGUACACCCGACCAGUGGGAUCAUAACGCUGACAGGUACGCCCAGGAUCGACAAACAAAACAUAUUUGAGCUGGAGGUGCAGGUGGUUGACAGAGGAAUGAAACUCUAUGGGAACAAUGGUAUCAGCAGUACUGCUAAGCUGGUCCUCACUGUCGGCCGGGUGAAUGAAUUUUCACCAGUUAUCAGUGCAGUUGCUGUCAUGCCAUCAUGGCUGGAUAAGGACCCAGUCUAUGCCAUAGUGACUGUGGAGGACAAAGACGACGGGAUGGCAGGGGAUAUAGAGUGGGUGUCAAUCAUUGAGGGGGAUCCCUUUGAACAGUUUGUAGUAGAUCGAUCCCCCGUCGGCAGUGAAUACAGGGUUAAAUCAUCAGAAAUGGUCAACUGGGAUUCAUUCCCUUAUGGCUGUAAUUUAACUUUGCAGGCUAAAGACAGGGGUACGCCUCCUAAGUUUUCUAAUACACAAGUUGUUCAGUUGCUAGUCACAAAGCCAGAGCCAGUGUUGGUGAAUUUUGAGAAGGAUGUUUAUGUAGUCAAGCUGAGUGAAAUAGCUCCCCCAGGCACUAUUGUAGAGGUGUUGAAAAUCUCCCCAGCUCCUCUGAGUGUCAAUUACAGCUUCAGCAGCCUCUCAGAUCCAAUGUACUUUGAUAUAAACCCUUUGACUGGAGUUAUUAUGACCACGAGGCAGCUGACAAGGAUAUCACAGGAUUUCAUGGAGAUGGAGGUGGUUGAUAUUUAUAGUCAGAAGAAAGCAAGGGUCCAGAUCAUUAUAGAGGAUGCUAAUGAUAACUCUCCUGUUUUUAACAGGCCUUUCUAUGAUGUUUCGAUCAACGAGAGCUUGCCUGUAGGAACUGUAGUUCUUAUAGUGUCUGCAGUGGAUGAUGACAAGGGUGAGAAUGGGUACAUAACGCUCACAGUAAAUGGAGAACAGUCUCUUCCAUUUAGCAUAGAUCAGGACACAGGGGAGAUUAGGAUAACAAGAGAUCUUGACUUUGAGUCAGCAGAGGAUAUCUACACGUUUGCAGUACGGGCCUCUGAUUGGGGUUCACCCUAUAGAAGGGAGAGUGAAGUUAAUGUCACGAUUCGUCUGAUAAACAUAAACGACAACCAACCUCUUUUUGAGAGGGUUUCUUGCAGGGGGAUGAUAAGCCAAGAUUUCUCAGUCAGGGAGACCAUCGUCACACUGUCAGCUGUAGACGUGGAUGAGCUAGGAAUGGUGAAGUACAAAAUACUUUCAGGGAACGAGUUAGAUUAUUUUGAUUUGAACCCAGACUCAGGGGCCUUGUCAUUAAAAAGAUCUUUAGCAGCAGAUAAUUUAAAAAGUGGAGUAUUCAACUUGAAAAUAGUUGCAACAGAUGGAGAGCUGUUCUCUGAUCCUACUUAUGUGAAUGUAUCUGUGGUGAGGGGCAGGAUGCCAUCCAAGGGGUUCAACUGCAGAGAGACUAGGGUAGCCCAGUUACUGGCGGAAAAAAUGCUCUUAAAAGUUUCUGCAAUGUCCAGGCCAAGAACAGAUGAGAGAUAUACAGGAGUUUUCUCUAUGAAUAAACAGGCUCCACAGUUUGAGGCUUUGCCCACAAGUAUUUUAGUGAGGGAAGACCUUUCUGUUGGUGCCAGUGUGUUUCAGGUGAGAGCCCGAGAUGGUGACACUGGUUUCAACGGUCGGGUUCUCUUUUCCAUAUCUGAGGGUAACAAAGAUAACUGCUUCAAUAUCGACAUGGAGAAUGGACUGAUUACUGUAUUUCGUCCACUAGACCGUGAGAGAGUGGAUCGUUACUUUCUUAAUAUCACUAUCUACGAUCAGGGCGUUCCCCAAAUGUCCAGUUGGAGAUUACUGACCGUGAUCAUCGAGGACGCUAAUGAUAAUAACCCCCAGUUCUAUGAGGAAAACCCCUCUGCUGUAGUUUUAGAAAGCUCAGCUGUUGGCAUGGAAGUCAUAACAAUAGCUGCAUUUGACAGAGACACUGGUCAAAAUGGACAGCUCUCCUACGUCAUGCUGACCAGCGUCCCUCAGUUUGGCAUUGACAGUGAAACAGGAAGUGUAUUUGUAGCGAGCCAUCUGGACAGAGAAACUGUCCCAAUGUUCGUAUUGAAGAUUGAAGUGAGAGACAAGGCUGAGAGAGGCACUCGAAGGUCAUCAGUGGCUACCCUGACUGUAAUAGUGGAGGAUGUCAAUGAUUGCGCCCCCACUUUCAUCCCUAGCAGCUUUAGUGCUCGGGUGCUGGAAGACCUCCCGCCAGGAGCAGCGAUUAUGUGGGUGCAGGCUCUAGACCCAGACAUAGGCCCCGGGGGACAGGUCCGGUACUCCUUGAUGAAUGACUUCAACGGCACUUUUGAGGUCGAUCCUGUGAGUGGAGUGUUGAGGAUUAGGAGGGAGCUGGACUUUGAGAAACAACAGUUUUUCAAUCUGACAAUGCUCGCUGAAGACCGGGGAGUACCCAGCCUCAUCAGUCAGACUUUUGUGGAGGUGGAGGUGGUGGAUGUCAAUGAGAAUUUGUAUGCACCCUACUUCUCUGACUUUGCUGUGAGAGGCUCAGUGAAGGAGAACUCUCGUGCAGGCACAAGCGUCCUGACAGUCAGCGCAAAGGACGAUGACAAGGGGCGAGACGGCGUGGUGAGGUACUCUAUCAGAGGAGGCAGCGGACUGGGGACCUUCACCAUCGACGAAGACACAGGGGUGAUUUACACUGCUGGGAUCCUGGACUGUGAGACCAAAGACUCCUAUUGGCUUACAGUAUAUGCCACGGACAAAGGGGUCGUACCCCUGUCAGCUUCUGUUGAAGUCUUCAUACAGAUAGAAGACGUAAACGACAACGCUCCCCUCACCUCAGAUCCAAUCUACCACCCGGUGGUCAUGGAGAACUCUCCGAAGGAUGUGUCAGUCAUCCGUAUCCAGGCACAGGACCCUGACCUCACCGCCACGCCCAGCCGGCUGAGUUAUCGCAUCAGUGCUGGCAACCCACAGAAUUUCUUUUCUAUCAACCCCAAAACAGGCCUGAUAACGACAACGGCGAGAAAACUGGACCGGGAACAACAGGCAGAGCACUUUUUAGAGGUUACAGUUAUUGACGGCCCAGUGACUACCCGCCAGUCCACCGUAUGGGUCAUAGUUCACAUCGAGGAUGAGAACGACAACCAGCCCACCUUCCCCGAGGUCACAUAUCGCAUCAGCCUGCCAGAGCGAGAUCGCAACAAGCGUGGGGAACCGGUCUAUCGUGUCUUCGCCUAUGACCGGGACCUCGGUGCAAAUGGCAACAUCACCUACAGCAUCAUCGAUGGUAAUGAGGAUGAAAAGUUCAGUAUUGACCCCAGGACAGCUAUGGUGUCAUCAAAGAAGAUAGUGACGGCAGGAAGUUCCGACAUCCUCACUAUAAAAGCAGAGGAUAGUGGUGAUCCCCCAUUAUGGUCAACUGUCAAACUUCACGUGGAGUGGAUUCGCAAACCUGUUCCUUCCCCCGUGCCCCUACAGUUCACCCAGAGAUACUACAACUUCUCUAUUAUCGAGACAGCAGCUGUGGCUCAGCCUGUGGGAGUGGUUGCUGUCAGCCAGUCUAGUACGCCUCUUUGGUUCAACAUUAUUGGCGGACGGCUUGCCAGAGAAAUGUUCUACAUCCCCCAGAAUGCAUGUGGAAGGAACUGCUCACUGGACACAGGGAGCUUUGACAUGCAGUUUGACCUUCAAGUCGGGGUAGGGACUCUAGUUGUGGCCAAGCCUUUGGAUGCAGAAGUGCAGUCCGUCUACAAUAUGACCAUACAGGUGACAGAUGGGACCAACUUUGCCACCGCACAGGUGUUCAUCCGAAUACAAGAUAGCAAUGACAACCCUCCCAUCUUCUCCCAGCCGGCGUAUGAUGUCAGUGUGUCUGAGGAUGUACCAGUUGACAUGGAGUUAGUGCGAGUCAGAGCUACAGACAUGGACGAGCGUUCUCGUCUGAGUUUCUCCAUCUAUGGCAGCGUGGAUCCAGCCAGCAUGAGACUGUUCCGGGUCAAUCCGGGAACAGGAGUCGUCUACACUGCAGACAGGCUGGACUAUGAGGCCAGAACACAGCACAUCCUCACUAUAAUGGUCAAGGAUCAAGAGUUUCCAUUUAACCGUGACUUGGCUCGCAUCCUGGUGGCAGUGGAGGACUCCAAUGACAACAUCCCCUACUUCACCAGCACCGUUUAUGAUGCUGUGGCAUAUGAGUCUUCUCCUAUAGACACUUCUGUACUACAAGUGACAGCCUUGGACAAAGACAACGGCAUUAACGGGCAACUCACCUAUAGUAUCGAAGCAGGUAACAGCGGUGGUGUGUUUGGCAUUGAUAAUGCCACAGGGCUUAUCUACAUUGCCAGGGACUUAGACGCCAACUCUCUGGGCUUUUACACACUUACCGUGCGUGUCACAGACAGCGGAUUUCCUCCGCUAAUGGCCACAGCUACAGCCCGCAUAUCCUUGAUCCUCUCUGACUUCUCCAAACCCAAAUUUUCUCAGAAGGAGUAUCAGGCGGAGAUAAUGGAGAACAGCACUAUAGGAACACAUGUGACCACUGUUAGUGCUCUCAGCCGCUCUGCACUCUUUUAUGAUAUCACCAGGGGCAACGAGCAGCACUGCUUCUUCAUCAACCAUCACACUGGUGUAAUCAGUACCCGCAAGCCACUUGACUUUGAGCAAACAACCUCCUACCUUCUUGUGGUGCAUGCUCUCAACAUGGCUGGAGUGGAGGCCAGCACCACUGUUAUCAUCCAGGUGGGGGAUGUCAAUGAUUGCCCACCUGUCUUCCUACAAAUCAGAUAUUUGGGCACGAUCAGCGAGGCCGCUCCGGUGAACAGCGUGGUCACAGGAGAGGAUGGUAACCCUCUUGUCAUCCAGGCAGCUGAUAGGGAUCGCAAUCACAACGCCCUGCUAGAGUUCCAGAUCUUAGAUGAGACAGCUCGUAUGUUUUUUAGCGUGGACUCUGGGACAGGAUCAAUCAGAACAAUUGCCAGUCUGGACUAUGAGACCUUUUCUGAGUUUGUCUUCCGGGUUCAUGUUCGAGACAGCGGUACCCCUCCAAAGAGUGCUGACAGCCCAGCGGAGGUGUUUAUAAAGGUGAUCAACGUCAAUGACUCACCUCCAAAGUUAUCACAGGACACCUACGAGACAAUUCUCCUCCUGCCAACCUAUGUGGGAGUGGAGAUCCUUAAAGUUGAGGCUUUUGACCCCGACUUGACCACUGACCUCACUCUGAACCCCGACACGUCCAUCACCCCCCAGCUGGUCUACACUCUUGUGGACACCAAUAUGGAGUACUUCUCUGUGGAGCGCUACACUGGAGUUGUGACUGUUGUUAAUGAGAAUCUCAGUAAAGACCGGUACCGUUUCAAUGUGAAGGUGUGGGAUGGUCGUUUCUCCAGCAUGGCAUCGGUCAUAGUGCUCGUACGAGAAGCUAUUGACAGCGGCCUUCUCUUCACCUUCCCUGUCUACUCCGCCUCCAUCCCAGAGAACGUACCAAAUGUCACCCUAGUGACUGUUGUAAACACAGUCGGCCACCGCCUCAACGAGCCGCUCAAGUACACUUUGCUAAAUCCUGGUGGGCGUUUCACAAUCCGGCCGACCUGCGGAGUGGUGCUCACCACCGGUGUGCCUUUUGACCGAGAGGAGAAGCAGAGUUAUGAGUUGGUGGUGGAGGUCAGCAGAGAGGAUGAGAUACUGAGGGUGGCCAGGGUGACGAUACAAGUUCAGGUGGAAGAUGCAAACGACAAUGCUCCAGAGUUUGUGAACCUCCCAUACUACGCCAUAGUGCAGGUGGAAGCAGAGCCAGGAUCAGCAAUUUUCACAGCCUCAGCCAUUGACCGAGACUCUAGCAUGAAUGGUGAGGUGACUUACAGUCUGAAGGAGCAGCAUAGAAACUUUCAGGUAAAUCCAAUAACAGGAGAGCUGUCCUUAAAGAGGGCCUUUGAGGUGGACUUAUCCAACGCAGAGUACAAGGUGGUCCUCGUGGCUACUGAUGGAGGCUUCCCCCCUCUAUCCAGCGAGGUGGAGCUGCCUGUCACUGUCGUAAAUAAAGCCAUGCCCGUGUUUGACAAGCCUUUCUAUGGAGUCACUGUUAGAGAAGAUGUGGCCAUCGCCACCUCUGUUCUGAGCAUAAAUGCCACCAGCCCCGAAGGCCAGAGCAUCAUCUUCACCAUCGCGGAGGGAGACCCUUCCCUGCAGUUUGACAUUGGCUUUGACUCGGGAGUCAUCAGUGUGAUUUACCCAUUAGACUACGAGACCACACAGUAUUACCGCUUAACAGUGAGGGCUACGGACACACUGACUGGUGCUAAGUCUGAGGUUGAUGUGGACAUUGUGGUGCUGGAUGUGAAUGAUAACCCGCCACUGUUUCAAAACACUUCAUACUCCUCUGUGGUCGCUGAGAACUCCAUGAUUGGAACCACUGUGUUACAGGUGUUCGCCCAGGACCAAGACUCAGAGAAGAACGCCAUAGUGAGGUACCAGAUCCUGUCUGACAUCUACAACAGCACCGACUACUUCCUCAUCGACACCAGCAGCGGGCUGGUGUUCACUGCCCGUCUGCUUGACUAUGAGCUCACACAGCGCUACAACUUCAUUGUCAGAGCAACGGACAGCGGAGACCCGGCCCUCAGCAGCGAUGUCAGCGUGACUGUCUUUGUCACCGACAUGAACGACAACCCACCCAAUUUCAGCCAAAUGCUGUACGAGGCCUUUGUGAGUGAGCUGGCUCCCAGAGGACACUUUGUGACUUGUGUUCAGGCGUCGGAUGCUGACAUCUGUGAUGCUCAGAGGCUGAGGUACAGUCUCGUCUCUGGAAAUGACAGAAUGACUUUUAUGUUGGAGCCAGAUACAGGGGUGCUAAGCUUGUCUAACAAGAGGAGACAAGGCAUGAAACUCUCCUAUCAGCUCAACGUGUCUGUGUCAGAUGGAGUCUUCACCAACACUGCUCAGGUGAUUGUACGUGUCCUGGGAGCUAACCUGUACAGCCCAGUGUUCAGUCAGAGGUUCUACCUGGCGGAAGUGAGGGAAAAUUCCCCUCCAGGGACCAGAGUCAUUCAGGUUCGAGCGACAGAUGAGGACUCCGGGCUGUUUGGUCAGAUCACCUACUCUUUCAUCAACGAUCUUGGCAAAUCUCAGUUCUCCAUCGAUGCAGAUGGAGUGAUAUCCACUCUCCAGAAGCUAGACAGAGAGAAUCCAGUGAACAAGGACAUGGUGCUGACAAUUAUGGCCUUGGAUGGUGGAGGUCGUGCAUCGUUUUGCACGGUGCGAGUGGUUCUUGCUGAUGAGAAUGACAACGCCCCUCGGUUCAGAGCUGUGGAGUACCGCAUGAGCAUCAAAGCAAAUGUGGCCAAAGGUUCCCUGGUCACACAGAUCCAAGCCACUGACCCUGACGCUGGGUCUAAUGGGAGGAUCACCUACUCCCUCUACAGCGAGGCUCGCCUGUCUCUGGUUGACGUGCUGGAGGUGGAACCAGACAGUGGCUGGAUGAUGACUAAAAGCACUGUGGACCACCUCCAGGGGACCGUUCUGUCCUUCUUUGUCAAAGCAACAGACAGCGGCUCUCCAGCGAAACACUCGCUGGUGUCCGCCUUCAUCCACGUUGUUCCACCAGACGCAUUCGUUCCCUCCUUCAGCCAGCCUCAGUACUCCUUUACCAUCCCUGAGGACACAGCAGUAGGCACAGCCCUGGGGUCUGUGUACAUGGGCCCCGGGCAAAGCGGCUUUUUUAACACCGUCCCCGGCGAGACUGUCGACAGCAACCUGGGAGGGACAUUCCUUGUGGAGAGGGAUUCUGGUCUGAUACGCCUGAUAAAACCACUAGACUACGAACAGGCCAGCAUCUUCCGCUUCAAAGUGGCCGCCACAACAAGAAGAGACCUGAUUGAGUCAGUGUCCACGGUGGAUGUGGAGGUCAAGGUCCUAGAUGUGAAUGACAACAAGCCUGCGUUUGAGACAAACAACUAUGUUGCCACAGUGAUGGAGGGCAUGCCUGUGGGGACAAGAGUGGUCCAAGUCCGUGCACUUGAUCCAGAUUGGGGCUCUAAUGGACAGGUUACAUACAGUCUCAAGCCUAUGCUCACUUAUAACAUGGACUUGACUAAAGAUACCCGCUCCUUCCCCAUCACCGGCCCCAUCACUACUGGUUCAUUCUUCGCCAUCGACAGUAAAACAGGCUGGAUCACCACCGUGAAUCCGAUGGACCAUGAGUCCUGCUCCAGCUUCAGCUUUGAAGUAGUGGCCUCUGAUCUGGGGGAGUCACGCUCUCUCUCCUCCACAGCUGUGGUGACUGUCACAGUAUCAGACGUUAACGACAACCCUCCCAGGUUUGAGAGGGACCUGUACCGAGGUGCUGUGAAGGAGAGCGAUCCCCUGGGUGAGGUGGUAGCCGUGCUGAAAACCACGGAUCAAGACGGCACUGAUCAAAACCGGCUCAUCAGUUUUUACAUCACCGGGGGAAACCCGCGGGGCGUGUUCGGCCUGGCCCUCGUUCAGGGAGAGUGGAAGGUUUAUGUGAGCGGACUCCUGGAUCGUGAGCAGCAGGACUGGUAUUUGCUUAACAUCACAGCAAGCGAUGGCCUGUAUGUCGCCCGUACGGCAGUGGAGGUUACCGUCAUGGAUGCCAAUGACAACAGCCCCAUCUGCAACCAGGCGGUGUACAGUGCCUCUUUCCCUGAGGACAUCCCCAUUAACAAGGGCAUCCUGACAGUGGGCGCUACAGAUGCUGACUCAGGCUCCAGCGCUGAAAUCCAAUAUUCACUCUUUGGGAUUGGGGUCGAAGAUUUCUACAUGGAUGCAAACACUGGUGAGCUGCGAACGGCCACAGCCAUGGACCGAGAAAUGACACCCACCUACAAACUCAUUGCCCAGGCGACUGAUGGAGGAGGGCUGUUCUGCCGCUCUGACAUUUCUCUCAAAGUGUUGGAUGUGAAUGAUAAUGCACCCACUUUCUCCUCGCCUUAUUACCUGGCUAGUGUGUAUGAAAACGCUGCCCCCAAGGCUUUGCUUACUCGGCUGCAGGCCAGCGACCCUGAUGAAGGUCUGAACCGUACAGUUGUCUAUUCUAUUAUGGAUUCAGUCGGUGGAUUUUUCUCCAUCGAUCCAGUGACUGGGAUGGUUAUUCUGGAGAAAUCUUUGGACAGAGAGAUUCAAGACUCUUAUCGUGUCCGUGUUAAGGCAAUGGACCAAGCUGGCCAAAGGGGAGCGCUGUCCUCACAGGUUGAUUUAACCAUUUUGGUGCUGGAUGUGAAUGACAACGCUCCAGUCUUUCAAAGAAGGGAUUACAGCGUUACUGUCCCUGAGGACGUAGCUGUGGGAACAGAGGUGCUGCGAGUGUUGGCGACGAGCGCUGACAUUGGACCUAAUGCUGACAUCACAUACAGCUUUCGGUCUGGCAACGAGUUAGGGAAGUUUUCUAUAGACGUAAACCAGGGUUCUAUUACUGUGGCUGAUGAUUUGGACUUUGAAGUGUGUAAGGACUACUACCUCACGGUUGAAGCCUGGGACAAUGGGGAUCCUCCUCUUAGCACUGCCACUAUGGUUACCAUUGAACUCAUGGAUGUCAACGACAAUGCCCCAGCCUUCAAUCAGGACAUUUACAACGUUCUGGUCAGCGAGGAUGCGGCUGUAGGGCAGUCCAUUACAAGGGUUUUGGCAGAGGACUUGGACAGCCAGGUGAAUGGGCGAAUCACCUACUCUAUUUUGAAGGGUGACCGCAGCAACCACUUCUGGAUUGACCCUGUAACAGGGGUGCUCAAAGUCAAUAAGCGUCUCGACAGAGAACUAGUAUCCAGGUACUCUCUUUCAGUGCAGGCAUUUGACAGUGGCUCUCCUGCCAUGUCCUCCACUGUCACCCUAAACAUUGACAUCUCUGAUGUUAACGACAGCCCCCCAGUCUUCACUCCUCCUAACUCCACAGCCAUCAUCCAGCUAAACCAAGCAGCUGACGUCACCCUGCUGAAGCUGUCUGUCAGCGACAAAGACUCGCCUAGAAACGGCCCACCCUUUGAGUUUCGUAUUGUAUCAGGAAAUGAGGGGAAUUUCUUCUCCCUGGAUCAGACUGGAACUCUGAAGUCCAACCGUGCAUUUGGCCCCGAUUCCCCCAGAGAGUUCACACUUGAAAUCCAGGCAAGUGACUCUGGAAAACCUCGCUUGACCUCCUCUUCCUGGAUAUUUCUGAGGGUCAUUGGUAACAGUCAGUAUAAGCCUGUUGUCUCCCCUUUGGAAAUCUUUAUUGUCAUGGUAACAGAUACCUUCCCUGGUGGCCCAAUUGGUCGGAUUUAUGCAACCGACCGUGACCCAAAUGACGUGCUGUCGUUUACCCAGAAGCCUCAGCCUAAGAGCAUGUUUAAGAUAAACAGACAGGACGGCAGCAUCGUCGCUCUACCAGGCCUGGAACCUGGCAGGUACCAGAUGAACGCCACUGUGAGUGACGGACGCUUUGCUGUGAUAGCUGAUGUCUCAGUCCAGGUGGAACAGGUGACAGAUGUGCUGCUGCGUAGCGUUCUGAACUUACGCUUCAGCUCCCUGUCCCCAGAGGACCUGUUGGGGCGCUACCUCAACCAAAUCAAACUCUUGUUACGGGGGCUAGCUGGCUGGAAAUGGUCGCCAGGACAACAGGAUCCCCUCCACAUACUCAGUGUGCAGCCGGCGGCAGAGGCAUCAGGUGUGGACUUGCUGCUGGCCAUGGAGAGGCCGGAGACUUCAGGGAGCAGACGCAUGGGUGGGUUCUACACCAGGAAAGAGCUGUCUACAAAGCUGGAGGAAGCCGGGGAUCGGGGUCAGAUUAGAGGCGUCUUAGCUGGAGCGGUGGUGGUGAGCAAUAUUUGCACUGGGCAACUGGAUUGUGGGGAGAAGGUGUGUGAACAGACGCUGGUGAUGGAGAGAGGCUCAAGUGUCACCUACAGCACAGAGAGGGUCAGCAUGGUGACACCAAGGUUCAGCCGGAUAGAGACCUGCACCUGCCCUGGGGGGACAUGCCCCACUCCUGUGGAGCCCUGUGAGGGUCAGUCCUGUCCAGCAGACAUGCAGUGUGUCCGUUCUGGUCCAACAGCGCCAUCUGUCUGCCAGUGUAGGACGGAGAAACUAGACGAGUGUGCAGGCCAGACUUCUCUUAGUUUCUCUGGGAACAGUUACAUAAAGUAUAGAGUGACAGAGAGUGGUCAGAGCGGAGAGAUGAGGCUUGGCCUGAGGAUCAGAACACUUCAGAGAAGAGGAGUCAUCAUGUUCACUCGUGUUAACCCCUGUACCAUGCUCAAGAUUGAAAGUGGACGACUCUGGUUCCAGCUGGACUGUGACAACACCCUUGGCAUUAUGGGUAUCUCUGGCAGACCAAUAAAUGAUGGUCGCUGGCAUGCUGUUGCCUUGGAGCUGACUAGGAACUACACCCUCCUGUCACUCGAUGACAGCUAUGUGGAGCGCCGCCGAGCAGCUAGAGCCCCUGUAAGACUUUGGCCUCUGGCUCCUGAUUCAUCCUUCUUCUUUGGCGCCCAAGUGAGGCCACUCAGGCCGACGCUUGGGGACCGCGGAGCAAGGGGCCAGCCAAGAGCCCAGGACGGCUUCCAGGGCUGCCUGGGCUCGCUGAUGCUGAACGGCAACGAGCUGCCACUUCAGAAUAAGAGGAGCCGAUAUGCUGAGAUAGCUGGGCUGAACGAGGUCAAGCUAGGCUGCGUGCUUUAUCCAGAUCCAUGUGUCAGUCAGCCGUGCCUCAACGGAGCCAUCUGCAGCAGUGUGCCCUCUGGAGGCUUCACUUGCAGUUGCAGUGCUGGCUUCACUGGGGGGCGCUGUGAAAUUGAAAUGACAUCCUGCAUGCCAAACCCAUGCCAGAACGGAGGGGACUGUAAGCCUGUAGGCAGCGCUUUUCUCUGUGGCUGUCCCAGAGGACUCGGUGGACUUAUAUGUGACGAGGAUGUAAAUGAGUGCGAGCAGAACGGCUGCAGGAACGGGGGAGAGUGUGUCAACACCUUCGGGUCGUUCUAUUGUAACUGCUCCGAGGGCUACGAGGGUCAGAAUUGUGAUGAUGCUACGCCUGGUAAUCUGGGAGAUGACAUGCAGCCGCUGUCUUACAUCGGACCAGGAGAGAUAAUUGGCAUUGGCGUCCUUGCCUUUGUCAUCAUCCUUCUACUGAUCCUCUUUAUGGCCUUUAGAAAGAAAAUCAAAUUUAGGAAGGAUUCUGACCCGGGCCCAGGGACCAUUAUGGGUGUGUCAGCUAUUUCUACAGAAACCAGCUACAUGCUGCACAAAACUGGCGUAGGCGCUGAAGGGAUCGAAUUUAAAGCAGUGCGGGUGUCAGGGUCACCAGGGGCAACCAGCACUUAUGGGGAGGUUGGAGGCUGCACUGGGGGCCCUCCUCAGGUCAUGGUGCGCCCAACCACACACUCCCCUUUACCAGGAGGACUCAUCAACCAGAGCCUGAGGAGUGGAGAUGGCGAUAAGACGACCUCCAGUGAGAGCAGUCAGUUCAGCAGCUUCCUCUCAGAUUUAUCUACGGUCCGAGGUAUGGCCAAUCGGAGGGGUGUCGCAGUGUGCAGUGUGGCACCAAAUCUCCCUUUGGCAACGACCUGCCUCGCAGAGCACAGUCCGGCUCACAAAGUGUCCUGGGAUGGCGAGGAGGCCAGGGACGAAGGGCUGGAGAGGGUGAGGGAUGAGAGGGAGGACGAGUGGGGGCAACGAGCUUUUCAGUUGGAGAGAACGCAGAGGGGCAGCAGUCCACAGGAGAUGUCGCAGCUUGUGGACGAGGUGGCUUGCCUGUCAGACUCUAAUUCUGAGGAGCGCUCCAUCAGCUCCUACACCUCUGAGUCCUUUGAUGACAACGCCUCCAUAGUGACGGUCAUACGUCUAGUCAAUGACACUGUGGAUAAUAUUGAGAGUGAAGUGUCGAACAUGGACAAAGAACAGCGGCUGAGCAGCCCUGCCAGUCGACACCUGCAGAGCAAAGAUGAGAUUUGUGUAGAGUUCAUCAAAGAGUACAUUGUGGAUUCCUACCGUUGGGAGUCUUCCAGUCAGACUACAAGCUGGUUGUCACCAUCACGUUUGCGUCCACAAGAGUCCGGAUCAAACUUCAACCUGAGUGACUCUCAGCAGAACAUCCGACGAGGUGGCAGCACGCGCUCCCUGCAGCUGGACUACAAAGUGUUGGGCUUCAGCGGGGACCGGGGCCAAGAGCGGGUACGGGAGAAAGAAAAGAAGGCCUUCCAGUGGGAGAGGAAUCAGUCGGGCGAGUGGGAGAGGAGACGUUUCCUGGACAAAGAAGAAACGAGAAAGCCCAAAGAGGAAGGUAAGAGAGGGGUGAGCCAGGACCACAGAGACCAUCAGCAGUUGCACAGCCACGACAGCUGUGAGGACUCGCCUGUUUAUGAGGAAUACCAAGAGUCCAGCCACAAACAGGAAGAAGGUGAAGACUCAGAGAGCCUUUAUGACACUCUACCCCCAGCCAGAGCAGCCUACGAAGGUUACCCGUCCAGCCCCCCAGGCGUCAACCUGCACCCGGCUCAGCUCCUGCCACCCCUCAGGGCGUGGGACCUACAGGGAGGGGAGUGGAGGGGAUCGCAGGAGGGCCACAGGGAGCUGAGCUCCAACACUCUGACAGGCUCAGGGGACGAGCUGGAGAGACUACUGAACCUGGUGUCUCUUAGAGCCAGGAGAGCCACAAGAGUGAGCCGAUCAUCGACUAGAUCUGAACCUACGGACUGGGAGGGAUUUCAAUAA